AGGCGUGGCAUUAUACUUUCUAUGGGGCAUGCAACAGUUUGUUAAUUGUGCUGGCUGAAUCUACUUGUUGUGUGUGUGUUGCUCAGACAAGACUUUAAUAGUUGAACGCCUCCAAACGUCACAUCAACACUAAAGUUUACAUCUGACCCAUCACCGCGCACAGUAUGACAGACUUUAGGGCGGGGUCUCUCUCCGGCCGCAGGUCACCCCUCCCCCCUCUAGCCGGACAAAUCAAUGACCCCACAGCACCUGAUGAAAUAGUACAGAGUGGCUACCUCAACAGAAAGUGUGUGCACGAGGCUGGCUCUAAGAAGAGUAAGGAUCGGUCGUGGGCUACACUAUGGUGUAACAUCAAGGGCACUGUCAUGGAGUUCUUUAAGGCGGAUGUUAGGGAAGGUAAGAGCCCGAGACCGUCCGGAGGCCCUCCCCCGAAGGACAUGUUCCCUCCGCCCAACCUCAAAGAGAGGCAUCACGGGUCAUUGGACCUUGAGAACUGCUUGGUAGAUAUCGAUUACACCUCUCAAAUAAACAAAGAUAUUGAUAAGAGACGAUCGUUUCUCUUCCAACUCGUACUAAUCGACAACACUGAGUACAUCUUUCAGGCCCCCUCCGAGAAAAACAGGACGGCUUGGGUGAUGGCGAUGAAGCAAGCGUCACGGAGAGUACCAUCAGAUGAAAUAGAAGGAGGUGGUGUGCACAGUUUGGCUCAUUCUAUCAAAUCCUCACGCGACUCAAUCAAACACAAGAGUCGACAAAAUGUGCACUCUAUAAAGAAGCAUCACACGUCUGUACCGAUGCAUGUGCAUGGGACAAUGGGUUCUAUAGACGAGAGUGAGUUAAUGGAGGUGCCGGUGGCCCAGUCCCUUGUGGGGGGUGACCCCCAGCUGAGGGAGAUCAAGAAGAGACUCAUUGCAAAGAAAGAGAUACUCAAGCAAAUCAAGACAAUGUACACAAGCUUCAUGGGAGGAACAGGAGCUUUGUAUGCUGAUGCGCUCAUCCAUCAUGAAGGACCUGAGCACACGUCACAUGACAAGGAAGAGGGCGUCGUCCAUCGUCGUAUGUCUCUCCCAGAGUCCAAAGGUCAAAACGAGGGUGAGGACAAGAGGUCGAGCACGGGGGAAUACUGCGUUCCCAUAACCACACCCCUUUAUCCUGGAGUGCAGUCCGUAGGUGGAGUUACUGAGACUGAGCUGUUGUUGGACUACUACCUAGUGCCUGGGGCGCAAUGGUCGCUGCUGAGGAAGGGAGAGACUGUGAGAGUGCUGGGGCAGGCCAGUAAUGGUUGGUACCAGUGCAUGGCACUACGCACCACCUCUAUCAAUAUGGACGUCGAGGUUGCAGCUGGAUACUCUGUUUAUUCAAGCAUCUCUAGUGGAACAUCAGAACUUUCCAGCAGCUUGGAAGAGUCAGAUUUCAACCAGAGCAGCCUAGGAUCAGAGGUCAAUUUAGACAGCCUAAGGUCACAGGUCAAUCAGGACAGUCUAGGGUCACAGGUCAGCCGUACGAGCAAUGGGUCAGAGGUCAACAGAAGGAGCAGUGCUAGCUCUGUACACGAAUCAGAGUCUGUACCACCUGCCCAUAAGACCAGCAUCAGCUUGUCGGACCUUAGUUAUAGCCAACCAGAUGGUGAGGACACCGUCCUUUCUAAGAUUAACAGAACAACGAGUUACAAGCAGGCCACCACCAACGCCGCCAUUCCUGUUACCAGUGUCACUAAGACCAAUGUGGGCAGAACAGAAAGCUAUAUGCAAGCCACGGAUGGAGGCGAGGACCAUUUUGAAGAUGUCCUUAUAAGGAAGAGCAACCAGAAAGCAACUCCUGGCAAGAGAAAAGCUAUCACAAUUGGGCGCUCCACCUCUGCCGUCACGCCCGCCACACACUCAAACAUCUGUUAUCGUCGCACAGUGAAUGCUGACAAGAGAAGAAGUGAGUCUGCCUCCCUAUAUCUUAACCGGCCCGCCUCUGCUCAGACAUUCAGACUCAUGGCUGUACUACAGAAAGAGAGAAAAACUGGAACUUAUUUGGCUCCUCUGAUUGGCUGCAUAGCUCCGUCAGCACUCAAGUGUUGCUCUGGACAGGCUGAAGGUGCAGCUCAACAAAUCAACGGUGAUCUAUCACUCUCGAAUCACCAAGACAACGAGGACGCUGAUUUGAGAUCACAGUCUACACUCUCCGACGAGCUAGAGGAGAGGCCAGCGUCUAAUGAGAUCCCAGAACUUCAGAAUCUGAUUCCAACAUUAUCAGUUUAUGAAUCGGAUCGACCGCAAUCUGCUGAUUUGAUUCUCGAGUCCAACUCCACAGUGCAUCAAUCCAUUCCAGAAUCGUUACGUCCCAAAUCUGCCGAACCUGAUACGGAUUUGGAGAAAAUUGGACUAGAAUUUCCGAGUCAAACUGAACUAAACAAAGACGAGCCGACUUUUGUUGCUAAGGAACCAGACGACGACCAAUCGGAGAGCCUUGGUACAAGAAGCGAGAAAGGCGAUCGCUCAAAAGACGAGUUUGUGCUAGUUGAGUAUCAAGAGGAACCUAGUGUUGUAGCAAUAAGUCCAACUGCUAUGGAUCGUUCAGGACGGGCCAAAUCUCUCCCACCCCCCACAAUAGACCACACCCCCUUAUUUCCGGUGGCCAAUGGUGGGGCGGGGCCUGAUUGGGAGCAAGCAAGGAAUGAAAAAGAGCGCCAACCUCCUCACUCAGUUGUUAACACGAAGUCGUUGAAGCGUGGCUCGCAUGAUAGCACUGUGUCCAUAGACCAGGGCACUAAGCCACCAUCGUUCUUCAAGAAACUGUUUGCUAAGAAGAAAGGAAGAUCAGCCAGCAGUCCUGUGCAGAUACCCUCUCCUCCCACCUCCACUUCUCACACAGCCUCACCAAGGAAACGCCCACACACCAUCUCACGCAAAUUCAAACCAGAACCCCUACAGAACGUUGCUGACGAUGCAUUCUUUGAUAACUCCGAGGGGAGACUGCGUGUGGCAAGCAUGAGUGGGCGACCUGUGAGGUGUGAGGGUGUGGGACUUGUGAUAGGAGACGACAGCUCAUCGGAAUCGGAAGAUGAGAAUGAAGAUGAAGAAACCGUUAGUGUUCAAGGAGAUAGUGUGACGAGCGACCAAUCGCCUGGCACCACACUGGAGCUGGAGGAGAAGCUCCCAUUGUCGAGACAAGUCUCGGAUAUUGUGACUAGCAGCAGCACAAGUUACACUGGAGGGCGGAUGAAGAGAUCAGCCUCUGACCACGACACACUCGCACUCAGUCUCCAACGUGAGGUGAUCGAGGAAGAGCCUCCACCAAAGUCAUCCCUCUCACUGAAGAAGAACCUCAAGUACUCGUUCAGAAAGACCAGAGUAACCUCCGAGGAAUCUAGUUCACCGUUGAGGAAGAGCAAGAAACAGAGGAAGAAGAGUCUGACUGGGCCCGAGGCCUACAAGUUGAGUGAGGCUAUCACUCCGAGCACACCAGAGAUCAAUACCAAGUGGGAUGUGAUUUUCCGUGCUCCACCGAGAGGUGAGAAGAGAUACGUGUACCUUGACCCCGAGGGGGCGGGUGGCAAAUACGGCUUCAGGCUACAGAGCUAUGGUCGUGUGAGGGAACAAGGCAAAGUGUUGCAGACGUUUGUACAGAGCGUGGUUCCCGGGUCCGUGUCAUUCCUUGCCGGGCUGUACCCGGGUGAUACCAUCAUAGAGGUCAACGGGGUCGACGUUAAGUAUGCUCCCGUUGAAGAAGUAGUGAAAGGAAUACAUGAGGGGGCGGAGACAGGAGCAAGGAUUGCUCUGAAGGUGGAGUUUGUGGAUGGAGUCACUCGAUUGGACAGAAUGAAGGCCUCCGAUGAUGUCAAAGCUAUAAUCAAAGACAAGCAGUUACAACUUAGCCGGCUCAUCGAACAAUCAAAAGACAGUACCAUACGCAAAUCCCUUCACUCACCUCCCGUCCUCACACCAGUCACUAGCCUCACACCUUGGAGUGAAACCACACCCACUAACAAACCGAAACCCAGUCCAUUUGGUUACGAUCGUCAACUGAACAGCAUAGUCUCGUUACAUACGGACAGUGUGACUGGUCUACUGUGUGAUGUGCUGGUCAUGCCUCUGAGCAGUUGUCAUCAGCCCAACUCUGGAACUGACAAUGUGUUGCUCCACCUCCUGCGAACUGGAGGGGAUGGUCUACUCAACGAACUUUCUCUGGCCAAACAAUGCAGACUUGGAGAGAACAUCAUCACCGGGGGUCACGACCUCCACGCACAAAGCAUCUAUCAUUGUGCCUUUGGCAAUCUUGAAGAGUCCCUACAAAGAUGUUGUGUGCAAGCUCUGAGCGAUGCCAGCUCUAGGGGACACCGGAAUAUUGUCUUCUGGUUGGACGGAUUCGUUUCCAUUGCCGUGUCACCUCAGAUUGUGAUUGAGUCUGUUCGUCAAUGGCUUGGUGGUAACAACAGUGUGUUGUUUGACAGAGUUGUCUUUUCGGCAAAGGCAAACGUCAACAUUAUCGAAAACUUUUUAGGGGAUGCUUUCCCACUCGAGAACUUUGCACCGAGAGACAGUAUCAUUUCUGAGCAAUCCAGUACGGUGGAUUUGGAAUCAGGAAUGGACUUAUCGGAUAUCCAGAAUCAAAACGGAACCGACCUCGAAAGCAAAAGUGAAGAGAGUAUUAAAGACAAGCUGAAUGAGUCAGAUUCGGCCCCAGAAACCGAGUCAGAAAAACCACUUCUUUUCCAGAACACAGAGGAGGUUACAAAUGACAAUGUAGAAGAUGUUGUGGGGGAUCUACCGGCCAUUAUAGAUACCAAAAAUACCAAACGACUUGACAAAACGAGCGUAAGUGACGUUGGAAUACAACUUGGAAUGAAUUUAGAUAACGGCAAUGAUGAAGAUGGUGUAGAGGAUCUUCCGGUGAUCGCUAUAAAUACGAAAAAACCGCUCUUACAACAAGCAAGCGUUAGCGAUAUUGGAAUACAACUUCAAAUGAGUUUAGACGAGGACAAUGAUGAAAACGUGGUUCCAGUUUUGAAAUUUUCAGAUUCCGAUUCGGAUAGACUUGAUUCAGACAACAGUGCACCAUCUCUACUCAGCAUGUUAACUGGAAACUCUGAUCCCAAACAGUCGUCGUCAUUGGCCGUCGGUUCCAGCACACCCCCGAGCCAGACGUCAUCACUUGCAUUUGCCACGCCCCUCUCUAAAACCACGCCUACUCGAGGGCUGGUGGUUGUGUUGGAUAGCAGGACCCCUAGCCCGAGCAGCUCACCCAGAUUUAGCUCUAAGAACAGCCCACAGCUGGUGUUAAACCCUGAUAGAUUAGAGUCUGAAGUUUAAUGUGUACAUACUUGCAAGUGCGUCGUUUUUUAAGCAACCUGUUCUAAUUUGUGUCCUGAUUUUUGAAUUGCGCAUUUUUCUGCCUCACUUUUUUAUGCACCUUGAUAUUAUGUAUGUUUAUUAAUGUUUAUAUAUUAAUUUUAUAGCAGGAGUGUUUUUGGUUGAUACUUCUAUAAAAUGUAUGACUAUCUAUGA